CAUUUUAUGCUUAAAUUUCAAAAACCUUAAACUUGCACAAAACAUCUAACCACAUAAGUUAUAGAACGCUUCGAUUUUUUUGGAAUCCUUCCCCAAUUUAGAAUUUUGAAGAGGCAGAAGUUCUCUACUCCCUUAGGCUAAAUUCUCACUAUAGUAAUUUGCUUUGCCUAUUUAUAUUACAUCGCCCAUGAAUUAUUAGAUUUGUCAAAUCGAGAUAACCCUCGGGUAGUAUUCUCAGAACUCCAACCAUCGAACACGUCUGUAUGACUCAAUAAUGUAUUUAGCCCUUGUAUUUCGGGAAUAAUAAUUUUACAUUUGUGUUGACAAUCGCAAAUCCACAAUUAAGUUCGUUGCAAACGUUAAACAAAUAUUUUACAUUGAGCGUACAAAAUUGUCUAAGAAAUCGUUAUUUAAAUGGAGAAGGAGUUUCCCAAAUUGAUUACAAGUAUGACACCUUCAGUAUUAUUCAGCUGCUCCAAUAUUCCAUUAGAGCCAUGUCAAAUGGAAAAGCACUUUUCAUCGCAAUAUUAGCAGGACUAUUUUUAAAAGUUUAAACUUCAAUAUAUGUAUUGUCCAUCUAUUGACUACUGGGAAUAACAUCCUUUGGUAUCAAUUGAUAGUGAGUUUGUAGUAACUUCAAGGAUAUAGUCAGGAAGAUCGAUUUUAAUUUUUGACAGUAACUUUAAGUAUAUGCAAAAAUACUACCAAUUAUUAAGGCUGUGCCCCUCUGGAUGAAAUCAACAGUUAGAUGCAAGCAGGCUUUUUUGUAAGUACUUCCAAAUCACACUUUUAGGUCAUGUAUUUAAGCGACACCUUAAUCCAAAUGCACUCUCCCUCUAAACCAUAUGAAGAUGUCAUCUCCAUUUAAUAUUCCCCCUUCUCCUUAACCAACUCAAAGUCCAUACAUUCCACCUUCAAAGUCACUGAAACAACUACCGAUUAUGGCAUUUUGUAGAAUGAUUAUGUUUUGGAUACUGCCAUUAUGCAAUCCACCAUCAAAGAAGACAACGUACCGUAUAAUCAGUAAUAUCUGGUCCAAAAUUCAAUCUUCUUAGAACAGAGAAGAAAUCAAUAUUAAAGGAGCUAUCUUAAACUCUACACUCUAUUGGGGUAGAUUGGAGGGUUGUGGUAAAUCACGAUCAUUUUUAUCAAUUGUCUAUUCUAUCCCAUCUUGUUCUCUUCAAUGAAUCUGGCAAUGGCCAAUAAAAUCUUUAGAUUUGAAAGCAAGGAAUCCCUUGAUCUAGAUAUAUUGUCAGUGGCCAAAUCGGUUCCAAUAGGAAAUCAAUUAAAUAAAAGUGAUGUCAAAGACUACCCUGGGGAUAUUCUGAAAUCAGAGAACAUUUAAAUUAGAAAGUCUUUUGCUGAAUUCUCAAAAACUUAACAGGAAAUCAAAAAAUUCUUAAGAAAAAAAAAAUCUUCGUUAAAUUUCACUUUAAUUGACAACAUCAAAUUCUUAUUGGGUUUCAAAAAGGACAAACAAAGACAAUUAAAAUAUGCUAUGAAUAAAAUAAUCAAUAAAUUAGAUAUUUGUUAAUUGAUCACAAAAUUCAAUGAAUUGGAUAAGUUGAAACAUAUCUUAUUAAACAAAGAUCAAUUGGCUCUAUUUAAUUAUAUACCCAAACCUAUGAUACCUUAUGACAUGUUUGAUGAUAAUUUCGAAAAAAAAAUAAAGGAAUUAGAACAAAAGUAAGAAUAUAAAUUCAUUUUGGAAAAUGAAAAGCCAGAUGUACUCAGAUUGGAUGAUGCUUAUGAGGCGUAUUCAAGAUUAAUUAAAAAGCAGGAACUCACCUAAACUGAUGAGGCCAUACUAUAAUUUAUGGAUGAUGACAUCAAACGAUUGUUUUCUAGAAUAUACUCCAAUUAAUUGGAAAUGCUAUGCUAAAAUCUUUAAUCGUCUCAAAUAUUCAUGAAAAAUAAUACUGAAAGAGUUGAUAUCCAAGAUGAACCCCAUAUCCAAUUGGUAUUUGGUAGUAUUACAAGCAGGUAGUAUUGA